UACUCUGAAACCUCUGUGAUAUUUGCCUGGUCGUCCUGUUUUUCUUUCUUUCUUUCUUAAUACUCAUUUGGCUUGUUGUUUUGGGAUUUUGGCGCCGCUUCCUUGGCUUGAGAAAGGUUUUCAUUUUCCUCUUUGGUGGGUUUUUACUCUGUUAAAAACCAGAGCAACAGCAUACAGCAAAGGGACUAUUUGGCAAAUUGGGCUUUUGAUUGCCUUUUUUCAACUGGGUUUUUGGAAACGAGAAAAACCUGUAUUGUGAGAGUUUUAUUAGGCGUUUCUCUUGUUGCUUCCUUUAGUUUGAGGCCUUGAGCAAUGAUUGCUAUUAAAUUUUGGGUUGGAGAUUCUGCAAAGCUUUUUAAUUCAAUCCUUAUCUUAUCUGAGUUUAUUUUCAAAGUUUGAACAUUGGGUUUUUCAUUUUGUAAUUUUUUUUUUAUUUGGGUACAAAUAGGGGCGUGAAAUACAAGGUAACUGCUUCUACUUGAUUGAACUUCCGAUUACAUGUGUAUUUGUUUUUCUCGAAGAUUAGAAGCCAUUUGUCCGGACGGAAAAAUUGGUUUGUGAAAAUUGUUGAAACCCGUUCAUUUAUAGGGAAGAAUUUGGGGGGAAAUGGCUACGAAUCUAUCAGAAAUGCAUGAACCUAGUAUUGAUACUGAUAAGCUUAGCUACGAGAUCUUUUCGAUUUUGGAGAGCAAGUUUCUCUUUGGUUACGAUGAUCAGAAGCUAUGGGUUCCCAAGCAGAUCGCUCCCGCAGUUACCGCCAUUGAUGACCCCAAACUUGAAGCUGUGUCGAGUCUUGGCGCUGAUAAUGGCGUCUCGGCAAUCAAGAACCAGAGGGGAAAAAUCUGCAUACUCAGCAUCGAUGGCGGAGGUAUGAGAGGGAUUCUGUCCGGGAAAGCAUUGGCAUACUUAGAGCACGCGCUCAAGGCUAAAUCGGGGAAUCCAGACGCUAGAAUCGCUGACUACUUCGACGUGGCAGCGGGGGCUGGUGUUGGAGGAAUUUUCACGGCUAUGCUCUUUGCUACGAGUGACCAGAGCCGCCCAAUAUCCAAAGCCGAUGAUACUUGGAGGUUUUUGGCCGAACAGGGAAAGAGAUUCUACACUUCUUCUUCUUCGUCGAGCUCCGCCACUGGUGGAAAACUUCUGCGUCGAAUGAUCAGACGCGGCGGCUGCAGUUCGACUCGCUCGGCUACCGCGGGGUUAGAGAAAUCAAUGAAAGAUAUUUUCGUCGAGAAAAGUCGAAAGAGCCUAACCCUGAAGGACACGUUGAAGCCGGUAUUGAUACCUUGCUACGACUUGUCAAGUACAGCGCCGUUUCUGUUCUCACGCGCUGACGCGCUGGAGACUGACAGCUUCGACUUCCAGCUCUGGGAGGUAUGCCGAGCGACUUCCGCCGAGCCUGGUCGGUUCGACCCAGUUCAAAUGCGUUCCGUGGACGGCCAAACAAGGUGUUUGGCGGUUGACGGCGGCUUGGCAAUGAGCAACCCGACGGCGGCGGCCAUCACGCACGUGCUGCACAACAAGCAGGAGUUUCCGUUCGUGCGUGGGGUGGAGGACCUCUUGGUCCUUUCCAUUGGAACGGGUCAGCUCUUGGAAGUGAGUUUCGAGAACGAUCAAGUCAAAAAGUGGAAGGCCAAGGAUUGGGCACGUCCCACUGCCCGUAUUGCUAGCGACGGCUCCGCUGACCUAGUUGAUCAGGCCGUCUCCAUGGCCUUCGGUCAAUCCCGGAGCAGUAACUACGUCCGAAUUCAGGCUAACGGGUCAAAUUUGGGGCGGUGUGGGGCGAACGUUGAUACAGACUCACGUCCUAGCAAUGUAAAUAUGCUGAUUGGAUUAGCAGACGAGAUGCUUAAACAGAAGAAUGUUGAAUCAGUCCUUUUUGGUGGUAAGAGGAUCGAUGAACAGAGCAAUUUCGAGAAGCUGGACUGGUUUGCUGCGGAACUAGUGUUGGAGCAUCAGAGGAGGAGUUGCAGAAUAGCUCCCACUGUCGCUUUCAAACAAGCUACACCCAAAGCAACAUAGAAAGACAAAGCGUACCAACCAACAAAGUUUAGAACAACAAAAAGAAAAGAAAAGAAAAAUGAAGGAUCAUGGCCCAGCGGUUGUCGGCCUACCGACAAAUUUUUGUUUUAGUCUAGGGGCACAUUGGUCAUAUAAUAAUUAUUAAGAAAAGAAAGAAAAAUGAAAUAGAGGGGCAGGGGUGGUGGUGGUUUGGUCAUUUUAUUGAAAACCAAAUCAUUGUGGUUUCUGGUGAAGGUAUUUCCGUAGUCCGGAAAAAUUAAAAGUGUUGCCCUUGUGAUUAUGAUUCUUUUGAAAAUGUUGUGACCAAAUUAAGUUUGAGCUUAUUUUCUCGACCUACAAAAUCAUAAAUGUCGGUUGUGUCAUGCCCAAAUUAGGAAAACAGGAUUGGGAUCAUUUAUAUUGGUUAAAUUACUUAGAUGCCCUUCUCCUCACUUAUAUGUGUGUCUAAGUGAGCCUUAUUCAUGUGAACACUUGUUUCAUCUCCCUCCACAUGAAUGGUUCUUCACUGUUUUACACGCUUUAAGAUCUCAUAUGUAAACCAAGUACUGAGACAAACAUGUUUCAUAUCAGUGGAUUAACUGUAAUUUACUUAAUGUUAAUCCCUAUUUCAACUAGUUAAAUUAACAUAACAUACUUGGGGCAGUGUAGUGUCAUUUAUUUGCAGGUCAAUAAAUGGUGAAGAAUCCAAUAAAAAUUCUUCAAGUUCAACUAGUCUUAAAAUAGUCAGCAAAAAAUACCCUUCUCAACUGAACUUGUUUUUUAUUUUCUUUGACUGCCAAAACUUUUAAGAGACAAAAAAGGGGUAAAACAACAGGGAAAGAGAAGGCAACACAACAAUUUGAAAAUAAAGUAAUUCAAACUGAUGUUCUUUUUUUUCUUUUGCUGAAUUAACUGAUAUGUUCUUUGGAAGUAAGAGAAAGUGUAAACCUAGGCUCACUCUUCAAAAUUAUUUUUGCAUUGGUUCUUUCCUUAACUCCUCUAUUAAUAGACCUUUGUUUAAGUGAGUGCACAUUGUUGUUAUAUGUUAAUCUAAUGGUUUCGUUAACAGAAUUCUCUUCUGAAAUGCAGGGGGAAAAGAAAGACAUAGACUUGUAAAAUAUAAUGAAAAAAGAAAAGAAAAAACGGAAGAGGAGGUGAGGGGUCGGGGGGAAAAGGUUAUAUAGCAACUUUUACUUUUGUUAGUGGAAGAAGAGGGAAUUGGGGGAAGAGGACAAGAAGUGUAAUAAAGAUAUAAGAUCUUUAAUGGGAUACUUUGUCUGCCAGAGGACAAGCAUUGUGGCCUUCUGUACCAACCUUUCUACAAGCCAAGGAAAAGAAAACUGAGUGUUAAUAAAAGCCUUCAACUUCAAGGUCAAACAAGGAUGGAUCAGUUGUGUAAACUAGUUGCUCUGGGUGGGAAAACUCUCUAUCUUCCCCAUAGUCUUUACCUUUUUUACCUUUUUUUUUUGGAGAAUCCCAAAUGAUUUCAAUUCUUCUUUUUUAAAAUUUCACCCUGGUCUUAACCAAAACUCUCCCUCUUUUCCUUUUUAUUUUUUUGUUUGGUAUAGUUUCCCCUUUACUCAAAUAUAGAUUGUAGUGGUGGAGAGUGGAGAGAGAUGUUAAACUUUUAAGAGUGGGUUUCUCUUUGUAGUAACCGACCACAUCUCCUGAGAUUAAGAUUGAUUGGUGGACCCAUUAUAGGGACUAGUUAUUGGAGGCAAAAAAAAAAAAAAAGAUUUGGCAUAAUUCUUUGUAUUCGGGCACUAUGAAAAUGUAUUAUAUGAAAUUGGCUUUGUCAUUUUUCUCUUC